AUGGCGGACACAAGCGCAACCAGCAUGCAAGACGAGCAAUGGCCUGCCAGACAAGGCACCGACGCCCAGGCAAGAGACUCAAUCAGUGUAAUAUUUGACUGUUUUUGGGCCAAGCUACAGGCACACAUGCUGUCAGCAAGGCCAAACAGCGUGAAGCCAGCGAGACACACAGUCCAAGAGGAGGGGAGACCUGGGAAACCUCCUCAGGGCGCCAAGGAGCACCAAGCGACAAACCCCCGAGAUGGGGGUCUUCCCGGGCUGGGAGCAAUAGGGUGCCAGCCACACCGGCGGAAAGGGACAAGAGGUAACCAACCGAAAACUGAGAAAAACACCCACCGCAACAUCCCAACAGGGAAGACCCUGGGCCACUACGGAGCCCAAGCUCGUGGCACAAGAGCACCAGCUCCCAUACAGCGCUGGGGCAGAAGGGCACAAACGACACACCACAGAUCCAGACGCUCCUCUGGAGGACUGAACUUGGGCCCAUUACGGAAGCCCCAGGGCCGGAGUACACAGACUGCCCUACCCAGCAGAAGACAGACGCCGAAAGCAGGCAAGCACAACCAACGCCCGGCAGGGCUGCAAGACCACCUCCGGACAAGCCCAGCGGCACCCAGGACCCCCACGGCCACACUCGAUGACCACCCUAAACAAGCAACCACAUCGUCCAGACAGGGCAUUGGCUGA